CGGUCGAGAAAUUUAGAUGAGUAAUCAGAGCGUGGCUCAAGGCGGAGACCUCCCGCCUCUGCGCGCCCCGCGGCCCAGGCUGCCCGCUGCACUCACAGAGAGCCCCCCCCGCAUCGUCCGGCGCCCCUGCGGCCAUGGCGGGCACCGGUUGCGCCCACCCAGCCUCCGUGGAGGAGGGCAUCGCCGAGCCGCUGUGCCCUGGGCUGUGCUCCGUGCCAGAGGCCGUGGCCGUGGAGGAGGCAGAGCGCGGGGGCCUUCUGGCGGCCGCCGCUGGCCGCGCUCGGCCCAGGCUGCCGCGCGGGGGCCGCGGGCUCGUCCUCGCGGCCACCCUGUGCGCCGGGUGCGCGGGCGCGCUGCUUGCUGGGCGGCAGGCGCGGCCUCGCGGCGCGGCCAGCGCGGACACGGGGGAUGCGACGGGGCUGUUCUUGUUCUCCGCGCUCGCCUCCGCGGCGGAGGUCAUGCUCACCGGCGCAAAGGCAGCGAAGGCCAUCGGUGGGGGCGUAAGCGACUUCCAGGGGCUCCUCAACAACGAGAACCUGAGUGAGGAGAUAUCUAAGCUGGAGGCGAGGUUCAAGCUUGGCUACAACAAGACGAUGGUGCUGGACCCCUCUUGGAGGAAAUUCCUACCGAACGCCACGGAGAAUCUGAGCAAGGAGGAGCUGAGGCAGAUGCUGUUCCCUGCUGUUCACCGCCAUGACGGCAAUCUUUGCUACGACGAUGAGGAGGAGCACGCGGGUUUAUGUUACAAGCGCUGCUCCCUCCUCACCUUCGGCACGCACCCUUAUCGAACCAGCGCGUUCUCAUGCUGCAGCAGGGCCCCAUGCCAGUGGGAUGAGACUGCAUUCCGUACCAGCAUCUGCGGUGGAUUCGACGUGAGCGGCGACACGGCCAACGGCAUUUGCCCGCACAUCCCAGGUGCAUGCCUGGCGAACGAGGAGCUUCUCAACGGACUGUGCUACAAAAGAUGUGCACUUCUGACCGAGGGGGAGUACAUGUUCCGCACCGGCCCCUCCACGUGCUGCAAGUUUCGCUCGGAGCUUGCUUGCACCCCUGGUGCAAAAGGGCCCGGCGGCUCCUACGCAGUCAUGAACACAUCAUUCGCCAGCGGGGGUGGGCUGUGCACCUCUGAGAUGCCGUGCACGGUGCACCUGCCCAUUCGUGAGUUGGCAGAGAGCGAGGUAUGGGAACCGUGGGAAAACUUCACCGACGAGGCAAACACGACGACGGAAGAGGCCACGGAAAGGCUGCUCGAUGGCACCACGCCAGGCGAUGAGGCAGAGGCGGAGGCGGACAGCGCUGCGGCGGCAAUCGCGGCGGCAGAUCAGGCGAUCGCGGCCGUGGGGGAGGCCGUGGAGGCUGCCAAGGAGGCGGCCGCCGUCGCCAAAGCGGCGCAGGCGGCACUGUCAGAGGAAGAGGCCGCGAGCGGCAGCGGUGGCAACACCUCGGAGGGCACAGUCACCACCAAGGCCCCGUGGGCUCCGAGCGUCGACGUGGCAGCGAUGAAGUGAGGCGAGCGGAGGCGCUGGCGUCGGGUGCGAGAGGCGUUUGUCAGCGGGCCAGCUCUUUCGACCACUCCUCUCUCUUCUCUUCAGCAUGCACGUCGUGACUCCUCGUCUCCUCGCACUCUCGUGCCACGGCAUUGCGUGCCUCUGGUCUCUUGUGUUUGCACGUUUCAGAACCCCAUCAGUGACAUCGUAUCAUAAUUCAGACCGCAGUGUCAUAUAUCACAGUUGGGUCAAAUGCCCGCUGCAGUUUUGAAUUAGAGGUUGAGCCCAUGCCACGGUGUGUCUCAGGCUUAUCGCCCCAAUUCCGAUCAUCAUGCCACUGAGGCAGCCCGAAUGGGCCUCCUUCAUGGCGCAGUGAUCCUUUCAGUGUCGAAUUGCGCGUGUCAAGACGGAAAGACCAGGUAGACACCGUCGUUCCUUUAUCUGGAUGGAAAAAAAGAAAAAGAAGAUGAGUAAUCGUAACGUCUGUACUUGUCACGUGCUCACC